AUGGUUGAAGCAAAUACCUCGCCAUCAUGCCAGAAUGGAGGAACCCUUGAUGAUGAUGCCUGUCUCUGUCUGCCUGCCUUUACAGGAGGGAUCUGUGAGACCAGGAUAGAAGACUGUACAGACGUUUCCCUGUACGUUGGUAAUUCUACUGGCACCUACACUGUCUGGCCGACCAAAGCCGCACAACCGUUUGACUUGGAAUGUCAAGGCGUCACCGCCAUGAUCAUGUUCAGGGACAAAACCAUCAGUGGCUGUGAGGCUGCGCCCGUGACGUACCUCGACGUUCCCUGGGCCGACUACAAGUCUGGUUUCACCCACUCCAACUGUUACAUGUGGCUGGGUCUGGAGAAGAUGUAUGCUCUGACCAGCGUCCGACCUAAACGCUCUACAUGUUCUUGA